UCAGGGAGGAGCGCACCUUGUUUGGCACCAGUCAAGUCCCAGCUCUCCUCCGCACGUAAUGCGGACUUUCUCCUGCACCGGACACCGGACAACAUUCACGACUGGAAACUACCAACAAGCAGCAGCUCAGUUCAUGGAUUCUUGGACAUUUUAAAGCGAAACCAUUUCUUAUUCACGAAGACUAAUAUCAUCUUCAGGCGCAUUAUUACUCUUUUGCUCGUAGUUUUCAAAAGUGAACAAACCUGAAGAAUGUUAUUGCACAGUAUGUGCAUCUCUGGAUGCUCGUGGUUGAAAUGUAUGGCCACAUUGCUUCACAUGGUUCUGUUCCUGCAGCUGGCGGUGUUGGAGACGACUGAGGCCAUCCAUCCAGACUGCGCCCUGGUGGUUCAGCACAUGAAGGCUCAGGAAGAAUGCAACCACAUUCUCAAAAAGGAGGCGAACAACCACUCCACCAGGACAGGUUGUCCGACAGAAUGGGAUGAGAUUCGUUGCUGGUAUUGUGCCGAUGUGGGACAGGUGGUCAGCGUCUCGUGUGCCAAUGUCUCCCAGCUGUUUGCUAAUAACCAAGGUUACAUCUACAGGAACUGCACUGAGGAUGGAUGGUCCGAGCUCUACCCCUCUUAUGAGGAGGCCUGCGAGUUCACAGAGUACGAAGAGACAGAGCCAGAGACAACAUACUUCUCCAACUUCAAACAGGUGUACACCGCCGGCUACGCUACCUCCCUCAUCUCUCUUAUAUCGGCUAUUUUUGUCUUCACCGUGUUCAGGAAGUUUCACUGCACCAGGAACUACAUCCACAUCAACCUUUUCUUGUCCUUCAUCCUGAGAGCGAGCGCCGUCUUCAUCAAAGAUGGCGUUCUUUUUUCUGAUGAAAAUCUGGACCACUGCUUCAUGUCUACUGCAUCCUGUAAAUCAGCCGUGGCCUUCUUUCAGUUCAGUAUCCUGGCCAACUACUUCUGGCUGCUGGUGGAGGGCAUGUACCUGCAGACACUGCUUGCUCUCACCUUUGUCUUCCAGAAGAAAUACUUCUGGUGGUACAUACUCAUCGGCUGGGGUCUCCCAACAACAAUCAUAAUGGCGUGGAUCCUCACUCGAAACUUCUACGAUAACAAGGGGUGCUGGGAUGACACAGAUGUGGCCUUCAUCUGGUGGAUCAUAAAAGCUCCAAUAACUGCAUCACUACUGGUGAACUUCAUCAUCUUCAUCAAUGUAAUCCGUAUUCUGGUCCAGAAGCUGAGAUCUCCUGGUGUCGGGGGCAACGACACCAGUCACUUCAAGAGGCUUGCCAAAUCCACUCUGCUCCUCAUCCCUCUGUUUGGGAUGCAUUACAUGGUGUUUGCCUUUCUGCCAGAAAACACAGGAGCAGAGGCCCGGAUCUUCAUCGAGCUCGGCCUGGGAUCCUUUCAGGGAUUUGUUGUGGCCCUGCUCUACUGUUUCCUGAAUGGCGAGGUGCAAGCAGAAAUGAAAAAGAGGUUUUGGAAGUGGCAGACUCAGAGUUACAUGAGCUACAGUAAACGGCGGCGUACGUUGUUCACUGAAAGCAGCACGGUCACUCAGAUCUCCGUCCUGGACAAAUCCAGCCCCAAAGAUCAGCCGGCUUCAGAGACACACACCCUCACACCAAGCAACGUCUCCACUGUCUGAGGAACAUUAGCAGGUGUUCAUGACCUGUGUUACAACACCUGCUCGGCCACUGGACCACGUCCUGAGCAAGUGACCAAACCACAGAGCCUGAUUGUUGAAUGUUUAAGGUACCUCUUACGUUCGGUAAGAAUUAUUUGCAGAAUCCCACAUGGGCCGCCACAUUCACAUGUUAACUUGUUGACUUAAAGGUUCAAUGAGUAAUUCUGAGCCACCUGCUCCAAACAAACAGGGGGCAGUAUUUCACCUCUAAACUGGGUCCAUACCAUCUCUAAUGUUUAUAUUUUAGUUGUAGUAGUUUG